AUGUCUACCUCCACACUAAUGAGCAUGCGCUCAGCGCGAUCCUUUGCGCCUCGUUCGCACUUUCACCUUGCGAGGCCGUUGGUUCAGGCUCGUGGUAAGGCUACAGCGCCUUUCCGCCUUCCAGACCCCCGAAACGAACCCAACCCUACGUACAAGCGAGGCUCCGAAGAGCGCAUCAAGCUCGAGGGAGCUUUGACGAAACUUCGAUCCCAAUUACCCGUUCAGAGCAACAUCGUCUUUGAUGGAGUUGCCCAGAAGAGCGCCCAAUCCUGGGAUCAGCCCUUACCUGCCGAGCAUGGCACCGUCUUCACCAACUACCCUCUCGCAACCAAAGAGCAGAUCAAUGCCGCCAUUGAGUCGGCUUUGGAGGCCAAAAAGGACUGGGAGGAGACUCCAUUCGUUGACCGAGCUGCGAUUUUUCUCAAGGCUGCCGAGCUGGUGACUGGAAAGUAUCGGUACGACUUGAUUGCGGCAACCAUGUUGGGACAGGGCAAAAACAUCUGGCAGGGAGAGAUUGAUGCCGCUGCGGAGCUGGCCGAUUUCUUCCGAUUGAACUGCAACUAUGCCGCUGAGAUCCUUGAGAGACAGCCGACCCGUGGCAGUAAUGGAAUGUGGAGUCGCUUGGAUUACCGACCCCUUGAAGGAUUCGUCUACUCCAUCUCGCCUUUCAACUUCACUGCCAUCGGUGGAAACUUGAUCUCCGGACCUGCUCUGAUGGGUAACGUGGUGCUGUGGAAGCCCUCGCCUUCCAAUGUCUACGCUAGCAGCCUUGUCUACAAGAUCCUGCUUGAGGCAGGUCUGCCCCCGAAUGUGGUGCAGUUCGUGACCGGAGACCCUGAGACUAUCACUGACGUCGCACUCUCCCACCGCGACUUUGCCGGUCUGAAUUUCAUCGGCUCCUCUGAUGUAUUCCGCUCCAUCUAUGGCAAAAUCGGCGAAGGAAUUGCGAAGAAAACCUACCGUGAGUUCCCUCGCGUGGUUGCUGAGACCAGCGGCAAGAACUUCCACCUUGUCCACCCCUCUGCCGAUAUCCCAAGUGCCGUCAACCACACUAUUCGUGGUUCGUUUGAGUAUCAGGGUCAGAAAUGCUCUGCUACAUCACGGUUGUAUCUCCCCGAGUCUCGUGCGGAGGAGUUCUUCACUGCCUUGAAGGCUGGUGUUAAAGAGAUUACCAUGGGCAAUCCGGAUAAAGAUCUUGAGGCUUUCAUGGGUCCUGUGAUUCACCGUCGGUCAUUUGACAGGAUCAAGUCCAUCAUCGACAAAAGCAACAAGGACUCUUCCCUGAAACUCAUUGCCGGUGGUACUUAUGACGACUCCGUUGGCUUCUAUGUGAACCCAACUGUUUACCAGAUUGACGCCCCCGACCACAAGUUGUUCAACGAAGAGAUCUUCGGCCCCGUAUUGGCGGUCUACGUCUACCCCGACGCCGAGUGGUCUUCCACUUUGAAGAAGGUCGAUGAGGCUGGAGGUGGCUUUGCUUUGACUGGCGCUGUCUUUGCCCAGGACCGCCGUGCAAUCCGCGAGGCUGAAGAUGCUCUUCGCUACUCUGCAGGAAACUUCUAUAUCAAUUGCAAGACAACGGCUGCUCUCAUCGGGCAGCAGUCUUUCGGUGGUUCUCGUGCCAGUGGAACCAACGACAAGGCUGGCAGCUCGGACGUUCUCCGUCGCUUUACCAGCCCUCGUUUGAUCAAGGAAGAGUUCUUCCCUCAGCACGGCUUCACAUACCCCAGCAACCACUAG